AUGAAGAGUCGGCCGAUAGCGUACCGUGCCGUGUGGAAGCGCGAUGGACAAUGCGAAGCCAACCAACACAGCUGCCUGGACACGGGACACGGGGACCAGUGCUGCGACAACGGCUCGUACUGCUUCGUCGACUCCGCCGGCGUCUCCAACUGCUGUCCGCUCGGCUCCAACUGCGUCGGCACGUCGCCCUGCAACAGCCGAUCGUACUUUUGCACGCACACAGUCACCGCCACCGUACUCCUUCCGGCCCCCUCCUCCGUCCUCACCGACACCAACACCACGCAAACGGGCUGCUGCGGGCGGAGCUGCCCGGAGCCGCGCUACUACUUGUGCCCGCCCGACCUCGGCGGCAACUGCUGCCCGUUCGGCUCGCAGUGUCGCUCCGACGGUAAGUGCGUCGGCGCGCUGACCACGACGACCACGACGACGACCACCACCACCACCACGUCGUCGACGGGCCGCCCGACGGUGACCUGUCCCAGCGACGUCUGCGGCGGCAACGGCACGGUGGUGAACCCCGGUGGCGGCGGGGGGUUGUCGACGUCGACCAAGACGGGCAUCGCGGUGACGGUGGUGGCCGGCGUGGGCGUGGUGGCCGGGUUGGGUGCGUGGCUGUGGGUGCUCAGGCGGAGGUAUCGCGCGCGCGCGGCGGAGUCCAUGUGGGCGGGGGAGUCGAGGGGGGAGGUCAGCGAGGCGCCGGGCAACGACGUCGCGGCUGUCGAGCUCUACUCCCCCGUUCAGUGUGACGACGAGGACGGCGACGACAGUGGCGGUGCUGCGCACGGGCAGAGGCCGAUGACGGAGAUCUUCGAGCUGGAGGCUAACGAUGUAGAAGGAAUUAAUGCUAUUGCGGAAGAGGAGGGACUUGAUACUAUCAUGAGGGGGGAGGCAUCACGGCGAAGUAGCGCCGAUAUCAGGGGUGGUCAAUGA